AUGGAAUUUUAUGAAAUAGUCAAAUCAAUUGGCUCUGGAUCAUUUGGUUAAGUGUAUUUGGCUAGAAAUAAAAGAGAAGAUCGUCUUUAUGUUAUUAAACGUAUCAAAAUAAGAGACAUGAGUUAGAAGGAUCGUGAAAAUACUGAAAAUGAAGUUAGAUUAUUAUAAAAGUUGAGACAUCCAAAUAUUGUAGCCUAUAAAGAUUCAUAUUUAGAUAGAGAAUAAUAUUUAAAUAUUGUAAUGAUUCAUUGUGAAGGUGGAGAUAUUUAUUAAAAGAUUCGAAAUAAGAAAAGUUUUCCUGAAUCUUAAAUUUUAGAUUGGUUUGCAUAAAUGACAUUGGCUUUAUGUUAUUUACAUGAACAAAAGAUUUUACAUAGAGAUAUGAAAACAUAAAAUAUAUUUCUUAAAAAUGGUAGAGUUAGAUUAGGUGAUUUUGGAAUUGCAAAAGUACUUGAUUCUACUCGUGAUUUGGCUAAUACUUGUAUUGGAACUCCAUAUUAUAUGAGUCCAGAAUUAUUUAAAUAUAAACCAUAUUCAUAUAAGAGUGAUGUAUGGGCACUUGGAUGUUGUCUAUAUGAAAUGUGUAAUCUGAGACAUGCUUUUGAUGCAUAAUCAAUGAAUGGAUUGGCAUUGAAAAUUUUAAAAGGUUCUUAUUCAUCCAUCAGUCCAACUUAUUCUAAAGCAUUAAGAGAUCUCAUAAAUAAGAUGCUUAAUACUAAUCCUAAGGCUAGACCUACUAUAUAGGAGAUAGUUCAUAAACCAAUUAUAAAAUUAAGGAUUAUUUAUUACAUGCUUGAAGUUUUUAGUGGUAUUUUUUAUAAUCAAUCCUCUUAGAACCAUAAUCAGCUGAUUUAGAUGAUAUGUAUGUGGAUACAUUAUAUGAAUAGGCUGAAUAAAUUGGAGUCUUACCACUUAUUUAACAUUAUCAAAAAUAAAUUGCAUAAGGUGCAACAAUAGCAGAUAUAAAAAAUGAAUUAGAAAAAGGAGGAAGAGCAGAAUAAAGAAUGUUAAUUUAAAUAUAAGAAUAAGAAGCAUUAAAAUUAAAAUAAUUAAAAAAAGAAUAAAUAGAAAAAAAAAAAUUAGAAGAAGAAAUUAAAAGAUUAGAAUAAAAGAAAUAAUAAAAAGUACCUAUACAAAAUACAAAAUAAAGUGAAACUUAUUCAAAUUCUAAAGCUACAACAGAAAUCAUAACAAAUAAAUCAGAAAAUACAUAAAAAACAGAUACUCAAUAAAGACCAGAUUAUCAUAGAGUUAAUUAGAGAAAGGUUUCUUUGGAAAGAGAUAGAAGACCUAAUGAAAUAAGAUAGAAAUAAAAAGAAAGAAGUUUAUCACUUGAAAAAGAUAGAUUGAGAGAUGAUAGUACAAUUAGUGCUAAAGAAAGGGUGAUUUAGAAGAAACAAAAAAGAGAUGAAGAAAAAAUUAUAUAAGAAGAAAAGGAAAGAUAAUAAAUAUAUAAAGAAAGUUAUUAAAAUAGAAAAAUAGCUUAAGAAAGAAAAUAAGCAUAGUAUCGUUAAUCAAAGGAUAGUUCAUUAAAAGUUCAAGAAGAAUAUUAUGAUUCUGAAGAUAGUGAUGGAGUUAAUGCUAUUUAGGAAAUUGAAAAUGAAGAAGAGUAUGAAGAGGAAGGUGAUGUUGAUUAAAAGCUUGAUUUAAUGAAAACUAAAUUAAAAGAUAAAACUUUGAAAAUAUAAGAAAUUAGUUAGUCUCUUUAACAAAAUAGAUAAGUGUAAAAUAUGUAAAUCAAAGCUUUAGAAAGUAAGAAUAUUAUUAUUAGUGUAGCUGGAUAAGUCAUUCCAUUAGUUGAAGAGGAAUUAGAGAAUGAAGAUUUGGAUGAAGAAGAUUAAGGAGAUAAUGAUGGAAUUGAUUAGGAUGAAAUAAAACCAAUUAAUUCUAUUGUUGCUCGAAUUUAAGAUAGAAUUAAACUAUUAAAACAUAGAUGUGAAGGUGGAUUAGGUAACAAUCUUGUUGAAAAGGCAUUGUAAUUAAUGAAAUCUAAAUGUAAUAAUUUAUAUAUAUAUAUUUUUAGAAUUUUCUACUUAAGAUUUAAGAAAACAAUUAAUGUAGUUAUUAGGAGAAGAAAACAUUGGCUAUUGGUAACUCUUUGAUUAAAUUUUAUAUAUGGAGGAACUCCUCACAAAAUAUUGA